AUGGCCAUUGUUCAGAGUUUCAACAUGAUGAGUAUUGCAUUGCUCAUUGGUCUGAGCCUUCUUUUGGUUGCUAAAAGUGACCCAAACACGAGCGUGAAUCUGAUUGUGUGCAAUGGAAAUAGUUACGCGCAGAGCGAUGCGUACGCAAAUAGCGUAGCCUAUGUACUUGCGGACAUCAUGAACGUCACUCCCAACCAUGGCUACGACUACAAGACACAAUCGCCGUACGCGCAGGCUGUUUCUUACGGGCACGCCACUUGUAAUACCGCCCUCAACUACAACGACUGCGCUGACUGCAUGAUUGCCGCCAGAUCCGCCGUCACCAACAACUGUCUUGACAAAGUUGGGGCACAAGUCUCGAUGGUUGAUUGUUCCAUGAGAUAUGAGAACUAUUCUUUCUAA